AAUUAAUCAAUCACGGUCAAUCUCCCUUCUCCAGAAAUACCACGAUUACAAUCGUUCUUCGAUUAUAUAUAUCUUAUCAAUUUUUCCGUGGAUAAUGAUUUCUUACGAAAUCAUAGAACCCGGCUGAGAUCACUCAAUCGAUUUAUACCCUAAAUACCGUGGCCCCAACAACAUGGGUAGGAAAUUGGGAAUUUGCUACGGUUGUUUUAUCGGGCUAGCGAUAGUCGCAUGUAUUCUUGGGAUAUGUUCAAAAUAUGUCGUGUUACCCAUUAUUGUUCAUGAAGGAAUAAACGAGGCUAUUCCGCUGGUGAACGGCACCGAGGCGUACGAUAGAUGGAAAAUAACACCGGUACCGAUUAUUUACAAAGUAUAUUUUUUCAACGUUACAAAUCCUGAUGGGGUAAUGAAUGGGAAUAAAUCCCUUCUGCGAGAAGUUGGGCCCUACAUUUACAAACAGCACAGAUCUAAAUUCAACAUAACUCAGGAUGGAGACACACUAUCAUACAACGAGUACCAUUCUUUUGAAUUUGAUGCGAAUGCCUCGUACCCUCUCACCGAUACCGAUGCAAUUCAUAUCGUCAAUUUGCCUCUGAUGGGGCUGAUUGACUCAACGGAGCGGGAAUUACCAUCCCUCGUUCAACUUCUCGAUCGAAUAAUUCCAGAACUUUUUAACAACACGAAGGAUAUGUUCCUCAUAACCACACCCAGGGACUUUCUCUUCAAUGGAAUUGUGUUGAACUGUGAGAGUAAUGAUAUUGCUCUUAAAAUAGGGUGCAGAGUAAUCGAAAAGCUGGCCCCUCGGACACUUGUUCGACAGCCGGACGGGAACUUCAGGUUUUCGUUUUUAACUUAUAAAAAUGAUACGGAUGAAGGGAGAUUCACAGUGAACAGUGGAAAAACCUAUGCGACAAUGGUGGGUCAAUUGUCCUCGUGGGACGACUACAAAUUCACAAAUGUGUGGCAGGAUAACAGCUCCUGCAACGAAGUAUAUGGAACGGAUGCUACUAUUUACCCUCCCUUCGAAACUACUCAGUCCGUGAUAGACAUCUUCUCCGUAGAUUUAUGCCGAACAGUAUCUCUGGCGUAUUCCGAAGACAUCAAAUACUCAGGAAUUGAUGGGCUUCGAUACAUAGCGAGAAAAUCGAAUUUUUUAUCGCCGCAAAAGGUACCUCAGAACCAGUGCUACUGUCUAAACAGGACUAGUGGAAUAUCAGGGAUUGAUGACUGCCUGUUGGAUGGGGCCUUGGAGCUCUCAUCGUGCCACGGAGCGCCAAUCGUGUUCACUCAUCCUCAUUUUUACUUGACCCAUGAGGUAUAUCAGAAGGGUGUUGAGGGUCUCAAUCCUGUUCCUGCGAUGCAUCAAAAUUUCGUGGACUUACAGCCCGACACUGGGGCACCUCUGAGAGGAAGCAAACGCGGCCAAUUUAACAUCUUCUUGCGUCCAGUUGACAAGGUGUCUCUGACUUCUCGUCUCAACACGACUCUCAUGCCCAUUCUAUGGUUCGAUGAGGGAAUAGACCUCCCCGAUGAAUUAAUUGAUCAAUUGAACCGGGAGUUACUGGAUAAUCUGCGGUUAAUUAAUGUAGUCUGCUGGUCACUAUUCGCUUUGGGUGGUGCCAUGGGUAUUGUUAUAGUUAUCGCAUUUUUUUUUCGUUUGCGAGGGAAUAAAAAGUAGAUAUUGAAAUUCGUCGAUGUAUUAUUACAUGAAAAUUAUUGAACAGCCCACUCGACCAUGUGAUAUAUUCCAUGAGAAAAUAAUAUUUAGGGCCAAAGCAAAUUAUUUAUAUCAAUUGUUAUGCAUCGCCCUCUUGAAUGUUAUUAUUGUAUAUGAUAUUUUUUACAUAUAUUGAUUUUAAAACAAUAAAGAAUACUUGAUUGUAA